CUGAAAGUGAUGUAACUAUCCCACCAUUAUGUGAUCGUGGAGACAUUGACGUCACGAUGUGCUGGGUGGUUUCCGUCCUCAUCAUACUGUAUGCCAUGGGGGGUGAAGGCCAGGAACAUGGGCCAGUGUUCCUCAUGGAGCCACCUCCGCGACUGGUGUUCUCUAACAGCACCGGCGCGAGGAUCUCCUGUGCCGCUCAUGGUUUUCCCACGCCGCAACUAGCUUGGCAGUUGCCAGAUGGCACCCAAAUUGACGACGUUCCUGGAUUGAGACAAGUAUUGGAUAACGGCACAUUGGUAUUCCAACCAUUUGCAGCAGUUCAGUACAGACAAGACCUGCACAGCACCGUAUACAGGUGUCGCGCUCACAACACGCACGGAGCCAUCGUCUCCAGAGAUAUGAGAACACAAGCAGUCGUUUGGCAAGAUUGGGAAGUCCUAGUGACGUCUACUCCGGCUGAGGUUGGAGGGCCGGCGCUCAUGACUUGUACAACGCCGACAGCAGUUAAAGAACACGCUUCAGUCGCAGCCUGGUACCGCGAAGAUGCAGUACUUUCGACCACCGAUCAUAUCUCUGGCCCAACUCUUCUGGUCGAUGAGGGUUGGAAGCUGAUAGUUAGAUCUGUUCGAGUUGAGGACUCGCGAGCACAGUACUCCUGUUCAGUACUCGACACCCUCACAGGAGAGAGAAAGAGGAGUAGUCCAAUCAGUAUUGACGUUUCACCGAUGAGCUCAUCAUCAGCACCACGUCCGCUAUGGCCCGGCGUGUGGGAGGCAAGCGCUCGUCGCGGAGGAGACGCCAUAUUGCCGUGCCUCGUACAUUCCAACCCACCACCCACUAUCACAUGGUAUCGUGAAACGGGAGGUGGAGUACUUCGUGAGAUACGUGAGGGUGAGGGCGGGGGACGGUACAGCAUGACGUCGGAUGCGUUGGCUAUCAGACGAGCUGAACUGACGGACGACGGCCGCUGGGCGUGUCGGGCAGCGAACGCUCAUGGCCAUGUGACGCUGCGACUCCAUCUGUCGCUACGAGCGCAUCUCACAAUACACGCCCAACCCCAUACACAAGUAGUAAAUAGCGGAGGUACGGCUAUCAUAAACUGCACAUGGGCUGGCUGGCCAACACCCCGCUUGGAGUGGCUUCACAAUGGCAUACCUCUCUCGGCUGGCGUCGCUGGAGGUAGAGUGCGAAUACAGAAUGGAGGAGAACAACUAGUUAUAACAUCCGUCCAUCGAGCUGAUAAAGGAGUCUAUCAAUGUGUAGCCAGGAACGAGAGAGAUUCAGCUCAAGCCAGCGCCGAGUUGAGGUUAGGAGACACGGCCCCCGAGUUACAAUACACGUUUAUCGAGCAAGUGCUGCGACCCGGUCAAGUUGUAACCCUCAAGUGCUCGGCGGCUGGUUCCCCUCCACCACAUUUUAGCUGGUUACUGGACGGGCAACCUCUCAAUACCAUGGCACGGGGACAUAGGUACAGUAUUGAGCAGUUCGCAACUAAAAGUAACGAAGUGGUGAGCUACUUAAACAUCACCGCUGUGCGCUCUGAAGACGGUGGACUUUACACUUGUAGAGCUGCAAACUCGCUGGGGGAGAUAGCGCAUACAUCCAGACUUAAUAUUUAUGGUCCACCGUACGUACGAUCCAUAGGCCCGAUCAGAGCCGUCGCUGGCAGGGAAUUGGUACUGUACUGCCCGUACUCUGGUUAUCCAAUUAGCUCAGUAAGAUGGGAACGCGACGGAAGUCAGCUGGAGUGGGAGGGCAGUACGGGUGGAGAAGGGGCUCUGAGGAUAUCACGCGUUGAAGCGAGCAGCGCUGGGGCAUACACUUGUAGUGCUGUUGGACCACAUGGGGAAAUCGCGAGACGAGAGCUGCAGCUUAUUGUCAGCAAUCCUCCCGAAAUCGAGCCGUUCUCCUUCUCCGCCAACUUGCAAGAAGGCAAGCGAGCCCAAGUUAGUUGUAGCGUGGCAUCCGGCGACAUGCCUGUGCGAUUCGCCUGGCUCAAGGACGAUCUGCCCAUACCAGCUGACCUACAGGUGGAAGAACGUGGGGCAGAUUUUUUCAGCAACCUCGUUUUCAAAGAGGUUUCAGCUCGUCACAGCGGUCGGUACACAUGUGUUGCGUCCAACAGCGCGGCCAAAGUUAACUAUACCGCGGAGUUGGUGGUCAAAGUUUCUCCCAAAUGGCUCCGCGAGCCCAUGGACGCAGCUGUAUUGGCUGGAGAGCAGCUAGCGUUGCACUGCCACACGACAGGAUCACCCGCACCACAUACUACGUGGCUUAAACAAAGAGCUGGUUCUGCAUCAGACUUUGUUCCAAUCAUCAACCUAGGAGGGAGGUUUCAGUUUCUCUCGAACGGCACUCUCUGGAUUGAAGCAGCCUUGCCGUACGAUGAGGGUUACUAUAUGUGCAAAGCUGAAAACGGAGUUGGAACUCCGCUGUCCAAAACUAUAUUUGUGGCUAUUAAUGAGCCCGCACGUUUUGAGAUGACGUCUCAUAACGUGUCCGCAAGACGGGAGGCGGGCGCGACGCUCGCAUGUGAGGCGCGGGGCGACGCACCGCUGAGGGUCACUUGGUCAAGGGACAACGCCCCGCUUGACCUCUCUACUUAUAGAUUAAGCAUUUCUGAAGCAAAGACUGAUAGUGGUUUAAGGUCCCAACUGUACAUAAGCCGCACCGACCGACAAGACUCCGGCGUCUACAAGUGUCAGGCCGUCAAUGCCUACGGUCACAGCGACCAUUACAUUUACUUAUCCGUCCAAGAGAAACCUGAAAUGCCUCAGUCAUUGUCUGUGACUGAGAUCCAGUCCCGUGCUGUCCGCCUGUCUUGGAGCGCGGGCUUCGAUGGCAACUCACCUCUCCACGGCUACACGGUCCAGUACACGCCGCUUAGUACUCAGGCUCGAGGUGAAAGAUGGGAGAAUGCCGCUACACUGAACGUCACCUGGGCCGAACACGCUGGACAUACACACUCUCACGUCACGCUCACCAAGAAGGGCGAUAUACACUACGAAGCAUUAUUGAGUAACUUGCGGCCGCACACAGCGUAUAUGAUCCGCAUCGCCGCUAUCAACCAGAUAGACCGUAGUGCUUUUACUGAACCAGUGGUUGUUAAGACACAGGAGGAAGCCCCGUCCGAAGCCCCCAGCGGCGUGUCAGUCUCAGCUGGGGCGGCAGGUGAACUGCACGUGUCGUGGCGCGCUCCUCCCCGGGACGCAUGGCACGGAGAGUUACUAGGGUACUCUGUGACUUGCGCCGAAUUAGGUCCAGACUCUGCUCCGAUACCCAAUGCGACUAGAACUCUCACAGUUAACGGUUGGUCGGCAAGUGAACUGACCCUUUCAGCACUCAAGAAAUUCACUCGUUAUGAAGUACGCGUCCGUGCUUUCAACGGCAUCGCGGCUGGACCUCCGUCUGUACCCGUCACAGCUACAACAUUAGAAGGAGUGCCUGAGGCGGCCCCGAGCCACGUUUCGUGUUCCGCCCUAUCAUCCUCAAGCCUUAAAAUAUCCUGGAACGCGCCACCGCCAGCGUUACGAGGCGGAAUAGUUCAAGGAUACAAGAUUAUCUACGCCCCGCUUUCUAUCACGCACUCUGAGGGUGCUGAAAUGAAGCGUGUGUCUACUACGGAGACUUACCUGCAUACACUACACAAGUAUAGCAACUACUCAGUGCAGGUGGUGGCGUACACAGCGGCGGGAGACGGCAAGAGGAGCGCUCCAGUGUAUUGCAUGACGGAAGAAGAUGUGCCCUCAGCUCCGGAAAAGAUCAAGGCGUUACCAUAUUCAAGCGACUCGGUGCUGGUAAGCUGGCUACCACCCUUGCACCCCAACGGUAUCAUAUCACACUAUACGGUUUACUACAGGGAGGCUGGACGGUUAGGCAAGCACUCAACCUUCACAGUGUCAGCUGAUAAGUCUCCCGAGAUGGAAUUGAUGUUUCAAGUUAGGAAUCUGAUGGAAAACCAGUUGUAUGAGUUUUGGGUGUCAGCGACUACUGGCUCGGGAGAAGGGGAGUCUACUCUGGUAGUAGGCCAAGGUCCCAGUUCUAGAAUUCCAGCUCGCAUAGCCUCUUUUGGUGGUACGAUCCGCGUUGGUCCCGGUCGCGGCGCCUUACUGGCGUGCUUGGCUGUAGGGGUCCCUCCACCUAGAACGCGGUGGGCGCACGCUCGAGCCCCCGUUACACAUCACCGUUACUACCAAGUUACCAGAGCUGGACAUUUACAUAUUCGUGAGGUCAACUCCGAAUCAUCUGGGAAUUUCACCUGCACGGCCACAAACAGUAUCGGUGAAGACUCCAUCGUAUACUCGGUGAGAGCAGAGAAGCCGCCAUCCGCGCCCGCACUCUCCUUACAGUAUACCACCGCUACCAGCAUCAAGCUGCAUUGGCGACUAGUAGACAACGAGCAGCCGGUCUUAGGUUAUAUUCUACAUUAUAAACAAGCCUCUGAAACAGAGUGGACCAGCGUCGAACUUUCACCAGAACAAACUUCCUACACCAUGGAUAUGUUGAGAUGUGGAACUACUUACAACGCUAAAAUACAAGCCCAGAAUAAAAUAUCUCUGGGACCACCGAGUGAGAUACUGACUGCUACAACCAGAGGGGGACGUCCAAAACCGCCCAAGCCAGAAGAGCACGUGCAUACAAAUGCGACGGCCAUCAAGAUUAAUCUUUACGCCUGGAGGGAUGCCGGUUGCCCCAUAUUGGGCUUUAGAGUCGCUUACCGACGAGCAGGGGACGAGCAUUGGAUACAGGCGGGUUCUGAUUUGAAUGCGGCUCGCCACGUAGUAGGAGCCUUGUCUCCAGGCGCGUGGUACGAGCUGGCUGUGGAAGCCUGGAGCGAUGCGGGUAGUGAGCGCGUCACGUUACUGGCUGAUACACAUACACUUGCUGGAGGUCGUAUCCCUCCCCUGCGUGUUUCCCCUCCAGCAGGCGGUGCUCGUACCAGCAUCAUGAGAACAGCUCUCGCGUGGUGUGCCGCUAGUGCAUUACUGCUCGUCGCCACGCUAGCAGCUCUGGUCUGCUUUUUACACGCCAAACGCAAAUUCUUCUGUUUCUCCAACGACCACUAUUUGAGGGAUAACAGGAAACUAAGCGAAAGCAAUGAGGCCGAGCGAGAAAAACUACGAGAAGGUCAUAAAUUAUAUUCAUCUUCGUCAAUUAACGGGAACGAAAAGUUGAAUGACGAUUCAUCAGCCGAAUUGUACGAGAUAAGUCCUUAUGCGACAUUCGGCGGCGCCGCGGCACACAGUCUGCAGUUCCGUACACUGGCGCGACGCGAGGACGACGCAGCGCCGCCGCAUCGACGACGCAGGCGAGCGUGCGAUCACUAUAGAUAUGACGAGUCAAGUCUCUCCAAGUGUUCUACUGUGGAGGCGCGUCACCGCCUCCGCGCUGCGCCUGCGCCGGCGCCACCACAUUGGCGAGAGAGAUCCGACUCUGACGACUAUAGCGACAGCGCGGCCAACACCACUACUAAAGGUUCCGGCGGGUCGGGCGGUGGCAGUGCGUACGGCAGCGGACGGCGCACCGCCAGCAGCGGUGGCCAGAACGGAAGUGACGGCCUGUCAGGGUCCUUCGUGCCGGUGCCGCCAGAUAUAUCAUCGUUAAUAGACAAGUACCAGCAGAGAAAAGAACAGGAACGUCGGGAAUGCACGAUACAUGUCUAACAUUCCAGGUCCAUUUUCAGAUUUUAUAAAUUUAGCGAACUGAUAAUGAAGAACUAAGAAAACUUUUACCUAUAAUAGAUAGAGUUUUGAUGGAACAAGCUUUUGCUUCGGUAUUUAUCGUAUGUGAUGUCAUUUGUCUCAGAACUGUCGCCCCCAAAAUGAUAUGGUUUAUAAAAUUUUCUGACGCAAGCGUAUUUUACAUUACAAUUCAUAUUAUAGAAAACUUAACUGGACAUUUCUAUAGACAUAAGUAGGUUUAAAUGUUACAACUGCCCAAACAUGAUUGAAAUAAGUGUCAUUGCUUUUUUACGAAGAAGCGUUCGACCUCCUGUAGCUGCUUACAAUUUCUUAUUUAUUUUUAUAUAAUUAUUUUAUAAGGUAAGAAUUAAUUCUUUUUGUCAAUUUUAUUGUGCGAGAUCUCAGAUUUUUCGAUAUUUUACCUAUUAAGUUUUUAAAGUGAAAUUUUGUACUGUAGAACUCAAUUGAUCUAAUAUAGUGUGCGUUACAUUGUGAUCUCUUCUUUCGACUCCCAUAGAUAAUUGUUAAGGAUUUGUUAUAUAGAGAAUAUUUAUACAUAAUGUGAUUUAUUUAAACGCUGUUAAUAUGGUUAGAUUUUAAAAUAACCUGUAAAUAUUAGGAAUGAAAUUGUUUGCUGUGAGAUCAGUCAUUAAAUGGCAUGCCUACUAUAAAUGCGUAUUUAAAUAUAAAAACAAGAUGUGAU